ACAAAACUACAAAACGCAUGCGCCCAUCGAUUCGUCAAAAGUGGAAACAGUCGCCUUCGCUUCAAGAUCUCCGCCGAAUUUGCAAACCAAGGCGAUACCACGAAGCUCGAGGACAAGCACGCCAUGAAUCCCUUCAUACCUUCGAUCUCCAACUCCGUCCCUUCUUCUCCUAAUCCUCUCUCCAUGUCUUCCUCUCUUCCUUUUUUUCUCCGGCUCGCUCCUCUCCGUCAAUCUAUCAUCAGAUCCACGAUCCCAAAUCACACUAGGGCGCCAGCAUACUCUUGGUUCUCCAAGCCAUCCGGAUUGCGCAUUGAUCGGCGGGGAUGUACUUCGAGCGGUUUCCCCAUCCGCGUCUCCGCCAUGGACGACGAUCCGAUGGAUGUUUAUUCCAUUUUCGAUGAGAAUGAUGUGGUUUCUGGAAUGAAUUCUUCGUACAUGAUGUCUUCUAGUGAGGGCGAAGAUAGUGAUAGCGAUCCGUUCCUGGAUCCUAACAGGGAUGUUGACUUACCGCCCAGGAAGGAUCAAAAGGAUAUUCCAGAUGCUGCAUUAACUAUGGCUGCGCAUAGAUUUGCUUCGAUCAACAGAGGGCACAGAAAAAGGAGGUGAAUGGAUUUCUUGAGUUUGGAAUUUUGGUAUUUUUGUUGGAUUAUUUUUAAGAUAAUGAAUAUCUUGAAAGAUGACACUUAGCUUAGUUUUAGUUGAGAUCUUCGUUUAGUUUCCAUGAUCAACUGAUAUAGUGUGGUUGCAAUUGUGCUAUAAAUUUGCAAUCUAAUAAAUUUUCUUUUGCCAAACGCAAGAAAAUUUCAAAUAAAUAAAUA